UUAGCAAAUCAGAACAGAAACUAGUAUUAAUCUACAACAUUCUAGAGGGAACGAGAAGACGGAGCUUGGAGCUAGCUCUUCUACCCUGGGCUCUCGCCUGAGUUAAUGAUUCUCGGAGGAGCGAUGAGAGCUCCGGGAAGCGAAGACGCCGUGGUGAUCGAAAAGGGGAAAAAGGCGGGAGAGCCGCAUGUUAUUACCGUGAAUUGUCCGGACAGGACCGGUUUAGGGUGUGAUAUUUGUAGAAUCGUCCUCGAUUUCGGCCUUUAUAUAAAAAAAGGAGAUGUUACAACGGAUGGAGUAUGGUGCUACAUCGUUUUGUGGGUGGUUCCUCAUUAUGAUUCUCUCAUAUUGAGAUGGUCACAUGGUCUCAAGACCCAGCUUCUAUCUGUGUGCCCCUCUUGCCCAACCUUCUUCCUACUCAAUUUGAUGUCCCCUUCUCCCACACCAACUUCUGUUUACUUGUUGAACUUCUUCUGCCUAGACCGGACGGGACUCCUACACGAUGUUACUCAAGUACUAACUGAGCUCGAGCUCUCAAUUCAAUCCGUGAAGGUGACCACCACGCCGGAUGAGAGAGUUCUUGACCUUUUCUUCAUUACAGAUAACUUGGAUCUUUUGCACACAAAGAAGCGCCAAGACGAGACACUAGUGCAGUUUCGUUCUGUCUUGGGAGAAUCGUGUAUAAGCUGUGAACUCAAGUUGGCGGGUCCUGAGUAUGAAUAUCAUCAGAAAAUUCCAUCUCUUUCUCCAGAAGUGGCUGAGGAACUGUUUAUGAUGUCUGAGCAGCUCACAGAUGAAGAAGACAACCGCGCACAGGCUCUUAGUGAUGAUAUGAUAAAGAUGAAGAAGAAUUCCUCUGUCACAGUUGACAACUCCCUGAGCCCGUCUCACACAUUACUCCAAAUACGCUGCGCUGAUCACAGAGGCCUUCUCUAUGAUGUAUUAAGAACCUUGAAAGACUUUAACGUUAAGAUAUCAUAUGGCAGGUUCUUGCCUCGAACACAAGGUCAUAGGGAUAUAGAGCGAUUUGUUCAGGUGAAAGAUGAGAAGAAGAUAUUGGAUCCUGAUAAGCAAAGUUCGUUAUGUUUACGUCUGAAAGCUGAAAUGCUGCAUCCGUUACGUGUCAUAAUAACUAACAGAGGACCAGACACUGAACUUGUGGUAGCUAAUCCAGUGGAGCUAUCUGGGAAAGGCAGGCCAAGAGUGUUCUAUGACGUUACCCUUUCACUAAAAGUGCUUGGAAUCUGCGUUUUCUCUGCUGAAAUAAGAAGAUACACUGCUGGUAAUCGAGAAUGGGAAGUGUACAGGUUUCUUCUGGAUGAGAACUGUUUGUUCCAGCUUGGUAGCGCUUCUGUUAGAAAUGAAAUUGCUAAUCAAGUGAGAAGAACAUUAAUGGGUUGGUGAAGAAGACAUGUACUGUACUUAUGUGAUCUGCUAUCGAGAAGAGAGAAGCGAAGAGGAGCUGGCUAAAGCAUAGACAAAUGCAGAAGAAGGAAAGGGACGGACUAUUUUUCCGCCAGAAGUUUACUGUUGGGUGCUUUGUCGCGUGCGUCGGUAUUAAUGCCUUAGUUAUAUGUAUGUGAUUUGACGUGUCCUCAUGAGUCAUGGUUUAAGUAUUUGUUAUGUAUCUUGUAUAUGGUUUGGUAAUCAAUAAAGGAAGUG